AGUACAGCACUUACCCUGUUUUGGAAAGUGUUAUGAUUUAGUGAAAAUGCACUGGACUGCGAAUUAAUGGAAUUGGGUUCCAAACCGUGCACUCCCUGGAGAGCUGGUUGCCUUCAGAGAACUCAUCACACUCAUGGCCGGGAUUUUGCGCUCAAUAGUUCAGAGGCCACCAGGCAGAUUGCAAACUAUGGCAAAAAGUAUGGAGUCUCUCAUUUGUACCGAUUGGAUUCGUCACAAAUUUACGAAGUCAAGAAUUCCAGAUAAAGUAUUUCAGCCUUCACCUGCAGAUCAUGAAAAAUAUGGUGGAGAUCCGCAGCAUCCUCAUAAACUGCAUGUUGUUACCAGAAUAAGGAGUACAAAAAGACGUCCAUACUGGGAAAAAGAUGUAAUAAAGAUGCUUGGAUUAGAAAAAGCACAUACUCCACAAGUUCACAAGAACAUCCCUUCCGUAAAUGCAAAACUGAAAGUGGUCAAACAUUUGAUAAGAAUCAAGCCCCUGAGGUUGCCACAAGGACUUCCAGCAGAGGAGGACAUGGCUCACACGUGCCUCAAGAGCAACGGGGAGUUAGUAGUGCAGUGGCUUCUCAGCCCUGCAGACCAGGACGCAACCAAGUCCUAAUGCCAGAGCAGCUUCAGAUGAAAAAGUGCAAAUAUUUUUAUUUAAAAAUGGUGAGAAAGUAGAAGUUCUCAUUAAAAUAUAUUUUAAACGUCAGUCAUUUUCACUGACUAAACAUGGCGUGAUUCUUUCUUACUAUUGGCCUGGAAGUUUCAGGACCACAUGAGUGAGAAUGACAUUGGUUGAACAUCUAGGUUCAGAUGUCACCUUAGCAGCCGUAGCAGUAUCUUAUGUGCUAGAGAAAUCCAGAGCUGACCAGGACAUGGUCCCUGUCCUUCCAGAGUCUAUUCUGCCAGAGAACAGAGGUACAGCCAACGUCAUUAAACCUGGGGUACAGCUAGA